AUGUCAAGUACCCCUUCACAAGAACCCGGAAAAAAGCCAAAUUGCAUCUCGGAAUUUUGUUUGCAGCACAGAAGUAGGAUUGCAUUAAGUUCGUUUUACUUCUUCUUCGAGACAUGCUUUAGCUUUAAAAUGUUCUUUAUGCCAGUCUACUGGCAACAGCUUGGCUUGUCUCCGACUCAGAUCGGCAUUUUACGAGCCGUUUGGGGCGUGGCAUACUCCCUCGGCGGGGUCAUCUUUGGAAAAAUGGCAAGUAAGUGGAAGAUUCGCCGUGCGUUGCUGAUGAUGAGCAUUCUAUCCACGGCUAUUACGCCACUAGUGUCGUUGAUUCCAAGAAGAACGCACGAUAAGUGCUUGGUGGAAUCGGGAAAGAGCCUGGAGGAAAACAAGCGUCGCAUAAUCACUCCACAGGAGGGCAAAAAUUCCUUCCAUCCUAACGACGAGUGGAUCAAGUCUCAUGUCGAGAGUAAAGCGAACGAGAAUACGAAUCAUCGUAACCGAACCCACGAUAUGCAAUCGCUUUUCCGUGAGGUAGAAAAAACCCCUGAAUUCCUGGAACAAUUUAGCACAAGACGUUCUCUACCACCGAUAAAGAGGCGCACUUCAAGACAAGCAUCUCUGGUUGGCGAUCAUGUCCUUAUCUUAGAAAAAAACCCGCAAGACAUCAACACCAUAUUUCUCAUAUUUGUGUUUAUUGUAUUCGUUGGGGAACUCCUCGCGUCUCCUGCAUUUAGUCUGGCUAAUUCUGAAAUUGUGGACUACCUCGGGGAAAAUAGCCGCGAUUUUGGCAAGAUUCGUCUCUGGGGUCCAAUUGGGCACAUGAUUGCUGCUCCCAUCACAGCUGUAUUUGUCACUCAUUACCAUUAUGUGAUUUGUGGCGAGUAUCAGGACAACUUUGCUAUUGUCUUCGCUGUCAUUUCUGUCAUGGCUAUGGCUUCGUUAGUAUCUGUAACGCAGCUGGGAGAUCAAACGAUCAAGCACAGCGACAACACCGAAGGAAAUGGUAACGGAAAGCCUUUGACUUUAUUUGAGUUCUUCUCUCGAUAUCAAAAUUGCGUCUUGAUCGUCAUGACGUUCUUGAUUGGCUGUUUUGAUGGAGUUGUGCUAACGUUUGGGUUCUGGUACACCAAGACCUUAGACGUUACCAUCGCCACGCUGGUGUUUGGUUUCUCUCGGCUGACUAGCUCUGCGGUAAGUGUGGUGUUCCUGGGCUUGACAGGCAUGUGUGUGAAGAAGACUGGUUACUCUGGAAUCACUGUGUUCUCCAUGAUGCUGUUCUUCAUUUGGUUUGUGGGAAUGUCUCUCAUGAAAAACCCAUGGCUCAUGCUUCUCUUUGAGACUAUUGGCUACACCGCUUAUGUAACUGGUUUUACAGGCCUGAUCAGUUACUUUGGUGAAGUAACACCCAGUCAUCUGAUGGAUACAGUGCAAGGUGAGAAAAAGAGAGGAUUCAACCUUACGUACCAGGUUCCCAAUGUCUUGUUCAGAAAGGUUAACAGGGGCUUGGAAACGAAUGAGUUAAAGCCCCACAGUUAGAAAAAUGAAGACUUUGUCUUUACACUCUUUGUUCGGCGAAAAAGAAAGCCAAAUUUUAAACUUUGUUGGCAACGAUUGAUCCCCUCUUCGUUCCCCCUGAAAAUCCCAGAAUCCUCUGUUACCCCGACAGGCUUCGCGCCGCAAAAAUUUUUUAUGCAAAUUAGCUGACUAAUAAAUAAUGUUUGGCCCUACACAGUUUAUUUUUGAACCGACACUAAUGGUAUUUCUUUAUCUCCGUAGGAGGGGUUAACUCUUUGUUUCUCGGCGUGGGUUGCGGCAUUGGAACUGCCUUGUGCGGCUUUUUCAUCGAUGCAUUUGGCGCCGUAGAGGCAUUCCGGUUGUUUGCAUCAGGUGAAGCUGUAUUAUUAGUCCUGUUUGUCGUCAACCAAGCCGUAUUUUUUUGCCUCAAGAAGAACGAAAAAGAAGAAAAAACAAAACUGCUAGAAUGACUUUUUAGGCGGGUCACCAGACUUACGAUAAACACUAUGCCAUCUAAAAUAAAAUUGGUGGAACACACUGUCGCACUUCUUUAAUUUCACUCAGAAAAAAGAAAACGCAUGGUAAAAAAUAUGCGUUCCGAGGUACAUCGUUUCGAGGGAGAAGACCAAUAAAUUUGGGGCUAAACUACAAAUACUGGGCCUCUUCUAACCAUCCACCAAACAUGCUAGGUGGAAACCAGGAUUACCUCCGGCCUGGUGGGCCAACAGGCUCGGGUACAGACUUUACUUGAUGGCAUAUUGUAAGUUAAAUCACGAAUGGUGAACUUGGAACCCUCUCAUUUUUCAAUUUCUCAUAUUGACUGGAUUAUCACUUGAACUCAUCAUUUAGUUUAACUCCAAUUAACUUAUAUCUUUGAACAAUAUUAACAAUCCGCUGAGACGUGAAAAAUAUCAAAAAGUAGCUAUACAAGAUAGUUACAUACGUAGUAAUAUACAUGUAUCUUUUAAAAGUAAUCAAUAUUGAAUGGUAUCAUCAAAUAUUAUAACAUAGC